UUACAAGGCAACAGCGCAGUGCCUUGUGCCCAUCUGAUUCCCUAUCUCAGAAUGAAAGUCCUUACCAUAUCAUCCAGAGAGAUUAUGCCAUGAUGACCAACUGGUUGCCUCCAACAUCUAGACCACUGUUUUACACAGGCUGCUGAAUUAGGAUUGUGUGUGUACCUUGUUAGGUCGGACUUUCGCACUGGACGCCAGGUGACCAUGGGUUUGCCGCCUUACCCGGAGAUUCUCCUGUUGGCUUUAAGUUUGUCUGUCCAACUCACCUCAGGUGACCAGUGCUCAGGGGGCAGCAACAUUUUCACAGAGAUUCCAGAGAACAGUCCCAAUGGGACUUUUGUGGCUAACCUGACAGUAUUUGGAGAUCCAGUAACCACUACAGUAAAGCUUUGUUUAAGUGGUACAGAUGCAGACUGGUUCUACUUGGAAGGGAAAAAUGUUUGGCUUAAUGUGUCUUCAGGAAAAACACUGGACAAGGAGGCUUUGGAGUCCUCUGUACUUUUGGUAACACUAACUUGUUCUGAAGAAGGAUUUCCCACGGUUCAUUACCGGAUCAUUGUACAAAUUCUGAAUGAAAACGACAAUAAGCCACAUUUUUUGGAUGAGUCAAUAAUGGCACAGAACAUCAGUGAACUAGCAGAGGUGGACUCUGUGGUAUUCACAGCUCAAGCUCUGGAUCGAGAUGGAGAUACCUUGAUGUAUGUGAUAGACCAAUCCAUGGGGGAUUACAAGUAUUUCCAUAUGGAUCUUCCAUAUAAUGGCAAGGUUCGACUUUCUCGGCCUCUAGACUACGAAAGCAAACAGGAACUGGAGAUUGUCAUUUAUGCUGUGGAAAUGACCACCAGAGAGCGCCAGAGAACAUCAGCAAGAGUUCGAGUGUUUGUACUGGAUGGAGAUGACCAGUAUCCACAGUUUCUUCCAUGUCGAUACAUGUCACAUGAUGGUCUUAACGUCUGUGUCAGCCCUACAUAUACGGUUAAUAUAACUGAAGGGGAGGAACAGACAGGGCCUAUAAUAUUCUCCCCGGGCCCCAUCUUUGCUGAGGAUGGUGACAGAGGAAUAAUGGCUCCAAUCUCCUACUCCUUUCUUUCAGGUCCUGACAGCGACAGAUUUUCCAUAGACAAUGUGACAGGAGUUGUUUUCCUGAUACAUACUCUGGAGAGGAGACAAAAUGCCUCUAUCCUCAGCCUGAAGGUUAUGGCUUCACAGGUUGGUGAUCCCAGAAAAUUUUCCUUGGCUGAAGUAGUGGUGCGAAUUUUGGCAGUCAACAAGCACGCCCCACGUUUUGGUUUUGCCCAAUACCAAGCCUUUGUGCAGGAAGACCAUAGUCCUGUGGCCCUUGUCAGCACUUACAAUGGCCGAGUGCUCUCACUAAUGCCUUUUGAUGGAGAUUUCCCAGAUGGAACAAAUCCAGAGAUUAAUCUUAGUCUGAACUUCCUGGCCAAUGACAGUCAGCUUUUUCAGCUCACACAGACUGGCCUACUGAUAGCCAAAUCCAACAAACUGCAGUCAACAGAAACGUAUCCCCUUCAGGUUAUUGCAAGGGACAGAGAGUCUGGGGAAACAGCACAUUGUGUGGUGUAUGUAAAUGUCUUGGCUCGUGGUCAAGCAGCUCCACGGGACCCAUCAGAGCCACGACCUAUGUUUAAUCUGCCAGACCUACCUCUUAUCGCAGGUGGAUUGGGUGCUCUUGUGCUAUUUCUAGGAGUCCUGCUUUAUCUGUUUAUUCGACUACUGAAGAGUCAUCGACAGCAGCAGCAACAGAUGAGUCGGACAUCAUUAGUAACAGAGAAAGACACAAGCGUGAGCUUGAAAUGGUUCCAACCGGUGACUUCUAGCAAAGCUGCUUCACAGACAGAAGAACAGGGUUACCAAAAUGCUGCUUAUAGUGAGACUCCUGGAGAAGAAAGUACACACCAAGAGAAGGGCCAGGGACCCCCAAGGAGUGGUCAGAGCAAGGAGAGUAGUAAGACUGAUGCACCUCCAGGGAAACAGAAGAGGGCACCAGCUGUAGCAGUGAUAUCUCCAGGCAACCAGUGUAGUGGAAGUUCUCCAUGCAUAAAUAGGGAAAAGGCAGCCGAGCCUCUGAACACCAAGCAAAGUAAUCAGGAAGCAGACAUAUCCACAGAAGCCAAUUCCAAAAAAAUAGGGAUCACCCAGGCCUUGGUGAUUAAAGAAGGAGUGGACAGUCAUCCAAUGAAAAUGAAACCAGAACAAGUGGAGAAUAACAGCCUCGCAGUUGUCACUGAACAGAAUCCAUAUUCUGAGCCAAAUGGAGAACCCGCAGACAGAGAGGAUAGUGUGGCUGCAUGGCCAGAUCCCCCUAGUCUCUCCAGGCUGCCCAUUGUGGUAGAGGUGAACGAGGAGGUGGUAGAAAUUGACGCUGAGCUAAAUGCCCAGCAGCAACCAUUAGGCAGUGAGAUUAUAACACCAGGCUCACUCAUGCAGCUACUUGAUGACUCUAUUGAAUGCUAGUCACUUCAAGACUUUGGUGUGCUGCAUCUGAUGGAGUUGUGGGUCUUUCUGUUCAACUAUUCUGUGCAAUUCUAUGGACACGAUGAUACUGGCAAAGUGAGCAUGGUCCAGAACGUACUGAAGACAAAAAUAGGUGGUGCUAACAACAUAUUGUUAACAAUAAACAAUGGCUUAUUUGGGUUACAUUCAAA